ACAAAUAAAAUAAUAAGAAGAGUUAAUAAGAAACGGGAACGGCAGAGUGGGAGAGUGAGUGAGUGAAGUUGGGUUUGUGCGUAUAAGAUCCCACGGAAAGCUAAAAUUUAUUCGCUCCUCGCUCCUCCCCUCAAAUUCGCUCUCAUUUCUUAUUUUCUUCUUCUUCUUCUUCUUCUUCUUCUUCUUCAACCUCUCCUCUUAACGAGAUCCAUUACAUUUUUUUUUUCCCGGCUACUCUCACGCUGUCUGAUUUUUUCCUCGUGCGCAGUUUCACCCGCACUGUUUAUUUUAUUUUAUUUUUCACUUUUCCAGAUCCGAGGAGGAUUCAACCCUCUGCUGCUUUCUUUCUUCCUUUAGGUCUUCUCUAUUCUUCUCAACCUUUUAUAUACAUACAUCUAUAUUGAGUAGAGUACUGUAGUGAGAGGGGGCUAAUAAUUAAAGAGAUGACUGUGAGCGACGUCGGAAAUGCGCUGCCUUUGAAGAUCUUCGUGGGUUACGAUACGAGGGAGGAUAUUGCAUACGAGGUGUGUCGCCAUUCAAUCUUGAAGCUCUCUUCUAUUUCUGUCGAGAUUAUCCCCAUCAAACAGUCCGAUGUCAGAAAGAGCGGCCUCUAUUGGCGCGAGAGAGGCCAGCUGGAGAGCACCGAGUUCUCUUUCACUCGCUUCUUGACACCCUAUUUAGCCAAUUUUGAAGGUUGGGCGGUGUUCGUGGACUGUGACUUUCUUUACCUCGCCGACAUUAAGCAGCUGAGAGAUUUGGUGGAUGAUAAGUAUGCCAUCAUGUGUGUUCAACAUGAUUAUACCCCAAACGAGACCACCAAAAUGGAUGGUGCUGUGCAGACCGUGUACCCCAGAAAGAAUUGGUCUUCCAUGGUGUUGUACAAUUGCGGGCAUCCGAAGAACCGGGCCUUGACUCCUCAACUUGUCAAUUCGCAAACCGGCGCUUUCCUUCAUCGAUUUCAGUGGCUUGACGAUCACGAAAUUGGGUCCAUCCCCUUUGUUUGGAAUUUUCUCGAGGGCCAUAGCCAGGUCGAUGAAAAUGAUCCUACCACCUUCCCUAAGGCCAUACAUUAUACUCGUGGUGGACCCUGGUUCGAGGCCUGGAAGAAUUGCCAGUUUGCCCACUUGUGGAUGAAAGAAAGGGAUGAGUAUUUGAACGAGGCCAACAAGGGCAACUAGGGUACUGCGGGUGUUGAGAAUAAAAAUCAUAAUAAUAAUAAUAAUAAAUAAGGUGGCAAUGCCAUGAUGCUGCAUUGAUUUAUCUUUGUUGUCUUUAUUAAUCUUUGUGUGUUUUUACUAAAAACAAUAUAUCCUGGAUGUAAUUGUGCUCUAGUUAAAAAAAAAAAUGUUUCAUAUAUGCAGUGGCUACCAUAGCUAUAGUUAUUCCGCGAUGCUGCAUCUUCUUAUGCCUUUUGUAUUAUUCUAUGUAAAUGUAUUGUAUCAUUGUCGAUUAAUUUCUUCAAUGUAUUUGUAUUCGUGUGUGUGUGUGACUUCUAGCUUAUUAUAUUUGCAACCGUAUGAGGGUUGAUAUCUAUGAAAUUGCAAGCCAUGCGGCUUUUCUUUCC